UGACAUGGGAGAUGUACCAACUAUCUCGUUGGUACGAUUCUCCAAGGAGCCGAAAAAAGCGGAGCAUUGUGACACAGUGUUGGUUACUGAAGCAGAUGGCACUGAAUUGGAGCUACCUAAAGAACUUCCUAGUGCCAUCAAAGGGGUUCUCCAGGAAUACAAGGACGUGUUACCCGACGACCUACCGACGGGCGUGCCAUUAGCACGUGCACACCAGCACGAGAUCGUGGAGGAAACUGGUUCUAAACCAACCUUCCAACUUCCGUACCGCCUCAAUCCGGCUGAGCUAGCGGAUAUGAAGAAGCAGAUUGAAUACCUGCUGGAGAAGCUGAUCCGACCGUCAACAUCACCUUUCGGAGCACAUGUACUCUUCACACCAAAACCAGAUGGAUCGUUGCGGAUGUGCAUCGAAUACAGGGCACUCAACAAGCAGACCGUCAAGAAUAAAUAUCAUAUUCCAAGGAUAGACGAUCUGCUGGAUCAGCUUCGGAGAGCCACUGUUUUUUCCAAACUGGACCUCCGGUCAGGAUAUUGGCAAAUUCGGAUGGCGGAUAACUCUAUCCACAAAACCGCCUUUCGGAGGCACUGUGGCUCCUACGAGUAUUUAGUGAGGCUGUGAGGCUAAGAUCUAUGCAGGUG